AUGAUCCCCCAGCGUUUCUAUUUCGGCACGUACCCCGACCAAGAGAAAGGCGGACAUACAAAAGGGUGAAGAAAACGAUGUAACUCAACGGUAUUGUUGUACCGGAAACACUUUUUUGCUAGAAUUAAAGUAUUAGUUAUAAGAACAUGAAAUAGCCGUUGUUAGUUCGAAGUGGGUGGUGCUAGCAGUCUACUGUACAGCAGUUGCAACGAGACGAGGUGCAGUGCACACCUCCCCCACAAGUCUAGCCGCUGUCACUUCCAUUUCACCGGGGUGUUUUGGUUCGAUAGGCGGUGCGCGCUGACAAUUUGUCAAUCCGUUGUCGACACUAAAUAGACGGGUUGUGAUCGAUGGCGAAACCAGAACCAGCCCAGCAACAUGUGGAGGAGAAAGCGGAGCAGAUUGACGACGCAGAGUUGGCAUUUAAAGGAAUAAACAUGCUGCUCAACAACGGAUUCAAGGAGAGCGACGAUCUGUUCAGAAAAUACAGGACCCACAGUCCACUGAUGAGUUUCGGAGCCAGUUUUGUCAGCUUUCUGAAUGCCAUGAUGACGUUUGAGGAGGAGAAGAUGCAGAUGGCCUUUGAUGACCUCCGAGCCACUGAGAGACUGUGUGAGAGCGACAACACUGGGGUCAUAGAGACCAUCAAAAAAAAGAUCAGGAGGAGUGACUCCCAGAGGUCAGGGGUGGCAAUAGUAGACCGUCUCCAGAGACAGAUCAUUGUGGCAGACUGCCAGGUGUACCUCGCUGUCCUCUCUUUCAUCAAACAGGAACUCUCAUCAUACAUCAGAGGAGGCUGGAUCCUCCGCAAAGCCUGGAAGAUGUACAACAAGUGUUAUAGCGACAUCAGCCAGCUGCAGGAUUGCAGCAAGAGGAGGUCCUCCGACCAGCAAGGGUCUCCCUCUCCAUCCACUGAACAGGCCAACCGCAACCACGCCACGCCCCCAACCCAGAUGACCAAUGGGGUGAGCCCGGAGGCCCUGGAGAGGCUCAAGGGCUCGGUCAGUUUUGGCUACGGCCUGUUCCACCUGUGCAUCUCCAUGGUACCGCCACACCUGCUGAAGAUCGUCAACCUUCUGGGUUUCCCUGGCGACCGCCACCAGGGGCUGUCCGCCCUUACGUAUGCCAGUGAAAGUAAGGACAUGAAGGCCCCCCUAGCUACGUUGGCCCUCUUGUGGUACUAUACGGUAGUGCAACCCUUUUUUGCCCUGGACGGCUCAGACACACAGGCCGGCCUGAUGGAGGCUAAGGCUAUCCUCCAGAGGAAGGAGCCUGUAUACCCUAACUCCUCCCUCUUCUUGUUCUUCAAGGGCAGGGUGCAGCGCCUGGAGUGCCAGAUCAACAGUGCCUUGAUGUCCUUCCAAAAUGCAUUGGAGCUGGCUACAGACCAGAGAGAGAUCCAGCAUGUGUGUUUGUAUGAAAUAGGGUGGUGCAGUAUGAUCGAGCUGAGGUACAGUGACGCCUACAGGGCCUUUCAGCGUCUGGCAACUGAGUCACGCUGGUCCCAGUGCUACUACGCCUACCUAACUGGAGUGUCCCAGGGAGCAUCAGGAGAUCUGGAGGGGGCUGCCGCUGUCUUCAAGGAUGUGCAUACGCUUCUGAAACGGAAGAACAAUCAGAUAGAACAGUUCUCUAUGAAGAGGGCGGAGAGGCUAAGGAAACACUCCCCUUCCAGAGAGCUGUGUGUCCUGGCUGUGAUCGAGGUACUUUACCUGUGGAAGGCUCUGCCGAACUGCUGCACCUCUAAGCUACAGAUCAUGAGCCAAGUUCUGCAGGAACUAGAUGACGUCUCAAUUGCCGGCCUGAAAAACCUGCUUCUUGGUGACAUACACAGAUGUCUCGGCAACAUAAAAGACGCCAUUGAGUGCUUCCAUCUGGCUGCAGGAGAUGAGGUGGGUCGUCAGAACAACUCCUAUGUGCAGCCCUACUCCUGCUACGAGUUGGGCUGUGUUUUACUGGACAGCCCUGAGUCUGAAGCGAAGGGCAGAGCUCUGAUGCUUCAGGCCAAGGAUGACUUUUCUGGCUAUGACUUUGAGAACAGGCUCCAUGUACGCAUCCACUCAGCUCUGGCUUCCAUGAGGAAGGAGGUGGCCCCACCUUGACUACUGCCCCAUUCCUCCACUGUACAUCCACCCUAGCUCUGCUUUGAGGGUAGAAGGAUCUGGAAACAACUCCAGAAGCCAUCUUGAUCUUCACUGUGAUGGUUCACUGCAAUGUGUUUGUUUCAGUUGACUUAUGUUUGUGUAAUGAAUGUGCCAUCAAGUUUGUAAUGCGUAGUUUACAGUGAAUCUCCUGGAGGGAUAGUGCAGACUACUGAAGUGUAAUCGUGUGUUUCAACCAGAUCAAAUAUGUACAGUAGUUGCUGCUGGGAGGCAAAUGUAACUCUUUUUACCAAGGAAAAAUAUAUUGGGGGAAAGUCUGUCAGUGAGACAGCAGGUAGUCUAAUGGUUAAGAGUGUUGGGCCAGUAACUGAAAGGUUGCUGGUUCAAAUCCCUGAGCCGACUAGGUGAAACAUCUGUCGACAUGCCCUUGAGCAAGGCAUUAACCCAAUUGCUCCUGUACGUCGCUUUGGAUACGAGAGUCUGCUAAAUGGCUAGAAUGUGAAUAGUACAAUAAUAUCUUUCUCCCAUAAGAUAUGAAAGGGUUCUGAUUGAAAACGGUGUAUGCCACUUCAUUAUAAAGCAGUGAACUUGUGCCAUAGAAACCCUACUGUCUAGGUUUCUGCCAGAUGACCUCAAAGUCCUGUUGCUCUUACAGUAGUAAACUAUCUGAAUGCACAAUCCCUGUGCUACUACUCAUCACCUGGCCAUUGUCACUGUAAAUUGACCUUAGGUUAUAGACAUUGUGAAUCCAUUAAAGAUGGUAAUAUAAGCAGAUUUCCUCAAACAUGUUACAACGUUGUUACUUAAAAAAAAAAUGUUUUUACUGGUUUUAAUAACAAGUCUAUUAACAUUGAAAGGGAAAACCCCUAUUCAUAUCACUGUAAAUAUACUUUAAUACUAUGGAUAUGGUACUAGCUAAAUUACAUUGUCCUUUUGGCACUCACUUAUGUGUAUAACAUCUACACUCUGCUGUACUUGUAUUUGUUGGAGACUGGUUUUCCUUUGUUGCUGUGUUUUUUUUAUGUAUAAGAUCAUGUGUUAAAAAAAUACAUCUCUUAAAUCUAUGGCCAUUUUAUUUCCAUAAUGUGUUUUAAGAUGCAUGUAGUCUCAUUAUUAAUUUAUUUGUUAGGGACAGUACAUCUCAAUUAACAUUUCUGUAAAUGGCAGAUUUGGCCAGUUUUCAUCUGUAGCUUAGUUCUUUGGCAGUUAGUGAUUUAUUUAUUUUUUGUAUAUAUUUUUUUUAUCACUAACAAGCUUUAAAAGAAUUGAAGCAAUACAUUUGAAUUAGUUAUGAAAUAAUGAUUGACUGUGGUGUUCAGGCAGGCCUUCAGGUGCUUUACCAUUGAAAGUUAAAUCAACCCUUGCCAAAAGUGAUAGAACUGUCCAUAUUGUUUGAUAUAGAAAUGGGUUACCUGACAAGUUAUCAUAUCUGAUAUGCCUCGUUCAAAACAACUGGUAACUCAUUAGCAGUUAAAAGCCUCAUUUGCGGAGAGUGUUGAAUAUUUUGACGGAAUUCAAGGAUUUGAUUGAGGGAAUGAGCAAGGCUGUGGUCAAGUAUCAACCAGAAACUAUUCCUGCCUUCACAGCGGUCUUCUUCAGAGACAGUAGGCUAUUCUGUGCUUGAAUUCUAGUAGACCACAGUAGUCUGAUGCAUGUAAAACUUUAAUACAUUUGAUUAUUGACCUAAUCACUUUGCAUUGUUUCGCAGAGAAACCAAGCAUGCCUAUUGAUGAUCUUAUGAAACAAUGAGAGCCUUUUGUGGCCCUGAAUUCUAAGUGACUUUUUCUCAUCAGCUGUCAUGCUGCUUGUUGUUGUUGUUGUUUAUCAAAACGGGUCAAUCAAUUAGAAUUCUAUCAAACUGGCAUGCAGGGUAUGUGUCCCAAGCAAAAUCAGUUCCUUUUAGUUUCCAUCUUGUAAAUCAUAAUCUGCUUUUAAUGCUGCCCCUGGUGAUGGGUUAAAUGCAUUCAGUUGUGCAUCUGACUAGGUAUCCCCUUUCCAGUCUACACGAACAAGAAUAAGGCUGUAAAAACAAGUACAGUUGUGGCCACAAAUAGAGAAUGACACAAAUAUUAAUUUCCAGAAAGUUUGCUGCUUCAGUGUCUUUAGAUAUUUGUCAGAUGUUACUAUGGAAUACUGAAGUAUAAUUACAAACAUUUCAUAAGUGUCAAAGGCUUUUGAGAAUCACAUGAAGUUGAUGCAAAGAGUCAAUAUUUGCAGUGUUGACCCUUCUUUUUCACGACCUCUGCUAUCAUCCCUGCAAUGCUGUCAAUUAACUUCUGGGCCACAUCCUGACUGAAGGCAGCCCAUUCUUGCAUAAUCAAUGCUUGGAGUUUGUUAGAAUUUGUGGGUUUUUGUUUGUCCACCCGCCUCUUGAGGAUUGACCGCAAGUUCUCUGGGAUUAAGGUCUGGGGAGUUUCCUGGCCAUGGACCCAAAAUAUUAAUGUUUUGUUCCCCGAGCCACUUAGUUAUCACUUUUGCCUUAUGGCAAGGUGCUCCAUCAUGCUGGAAAAGCAAUUGUUCGUCACCAAACUGUUCCUGGAUGGUUGGGAGAAGUUGCUCUCAGGGGAUGUGUUGAUAUCAUUCUUUAUUCAUGGCUGUGUUCUUAGGCAAAAUUGUGAGUGAGACCACUCCCUUGGCUGAGAAGCAACCCCACACAUGAAUGGUCUCAGGAUGCUUUACUGUUGGCAUGACACAGGACUGAUGGUAGUGCUCACCUCGUCUUCUCCGGCCAAGUUUUUUCCCGGAUGCCCCAAACAAUCAGAAAGGGGAUUCAUCAGAGAAAAUAACUUUACCCCAGUCCUCAGCAGUCCAAUCCCUGUACCUUUUGCAGAAUAUCAGUCAGCCCUGAUGUUUUUCCUGGAGAUAAUUGGCUUCUUUGCUGCCCUUCUUGACACCAGGCCAUCCUCCAAAAGUCUUCACCUCACUGUGUGUGCAGAUGCACUCACACCUGCCUGCUGCCAUUCCUAAGCAAGCUCUGUACUGGUGGUUCCCCAGUCCCCCAGCUGAAUCAACUCCAGGAGACGGUCCUGUAGCUUGCUGGACUUUCUUGGGUCCCUUGAAGCCUUCUUCACAACAAUUGAACCGCUCUCCUUGAAGUUCUUGAGGAUCCGAUAAAUGGCUGAUUUAGGUGCAAUCUUACUGGCAGCAAUAUCCUUACCUGUGAAGCCUUUUUUGUGCAAAGCAAUGAUGACAGCAUGUGUUUGCUUGCAGGUAACCAUGCCUGACAGAGGAAGAACAAUGAUUCCAAGCAUCACCCUCCUUUUGAAGCUUCCAGUCUGUUAUUCGAACUCAAUCAGCAUGACAGAGUGAUCUCCAGCCUUGUCCUCGUCAACACUCACACCUGUGUUAACGAGAGAAUCACUGACAUGAUGUUAGCUGGUCCUAUUGUGGCAAGGCUGAAAUGCAGUGGAAAUGUUUUGGGGGGAUUCAGUUAAUUUGCAUGGCAAAGAGGGACUUUGCAAUUCAUCUGAUCACUCUUCAUAACAUUCAGGAGUAUAUGCAAAUUGCCAUCAUACAAACUGAGGCAGCAGACUUUGAAAAUGUAUAUGUGUCAUUGUCAACUUUUGGCCACGACUGUACAGCCACAGGUCACUGUCCAAGGUCCUGAAAUGUUCCCUCACCCAAAGUGAAUUCUGGAGUGGGAGCCAGGCAACCUGCUAAUGGAACUAGAUGUGAGGACGUCAGGGAGCCUUUUCCCUUCGUCCCUAGUGACCGGCCCUACAGCAGCCGAGACAUCCAGGCUACGGACACAAUGGCAGGGACAUCUACUGACAGUGAACAGAAAGAGUGUGGCCUGCAGGUCUCUACCACCAGCAUCACCCUGUCCCGAGGGCCCAUCCCAGCAGACAUUGCCCAGGGCCAGAGUUGUCCCCUCAGGACUCUCCUCCACUCGGGGCUUCCUCCAGCAACUCCUGUUCAAGCAUCCGUUCCAGAGGUCGACCGACUAUAAUUUUUCUACACCGAUACCGAUUAUUGGAGGGCCAAAAAAAGCCGAUACAGGUUAAUCGGCCAAUUUUUUUAAAUGUAUUUAUUUGUAAUAAUGACAAUUACAACGAUACUGAAUGAACACUUAUUUUAACUUUAAUACAUCACUAAAAAUCAAUUUAGCCUCAAAUAAAUAAUGAAGCAUAUUCAAUUUGGUUUAAAUAAUGCAAAAACAAAGUGUUGGAGAAGUAAGUAAAAGUGCAAUAUGUGCCAUGUAAAAAGCGAACGUUUAAGUGCUCAGAACAUGAGAACAUACGAAAGCUGGUGGUGCCUUUUAACAUGAGACUUCAAUAUUCCAAGGUAAGAGGUUUUAGGUUAUAGUUCAUAUAGUAUUUAUAGGACUAUUUCUCUAUACCAUUUGUAUAUCAUAUACCUUUUGACUAUUGGAUGUUCUUAUAGGCACUAUCGUAUUGCCAGUGUAACAGUACUGGCAGUACUCUCCUCGCCCUUACCUGGGCUCGAACCAGGAACACAUCGACAACAGCCACCCUCGAAGCAUCGUUACCCAUCACUCCACAAAAGCCGCGGCCCUUGCAGAGCAAGGGGAACAACUACUCCAAGUCUCAGAGCGAGUGACGUUUGAAACGCUAUUAGCGCGUACACCGCUAACUAGCUAGUCAUUUCACAUCAGUUACACCAGCCUAAUCUCGAGAGUUGAUAGGCUUGAAGUCAUAAACAGCGCAAAGCUUGAAGCAUUGCGAAAAGCUGCUGGCAAAACGCACGAAAGUGCUGUUUGAAUUAAUGCUUACGAGCCUGCUGCUGCCUACCACCGAUCAGUCAGACUGUUCUAUCAAAUAUCAAAUCAUAGACUUAAUUAUAACAUAAUAACACACAGAAAUACGAGCCUUUGGUCAUUAAUAUGGUCGAAUCCGGAAAUCAUGAUUUGUUAAAUCAUCCCCCGUUUGGCGAAGUUGGCUGUCUUUGUUAGGAAGAAAUAGUCUUCACACAGUUCGCAACGAGCCAGGCGGCCCAAACUGCUGCAUAUACCCUGACUCUGUUGCAAGAGAAGUGACACAAUUUACCUAGUUAUAAGAAAUUCAUGUUAGCAGGCAAUAUUAACUAAAUAUGCAGGUUUAAAAAUAUUUACUUGUGUAUCGAUUUUAAGAAAGGCAUUGAUGUUUAUGGUUAGAUACACGUUGGAGCAACGACAGUCCUUUUUCAGAAUGCACAUUGCAUCGAUUAUAUGCAACGCAGGACACGCUAGAUAAACUAGUAAUAUCAUCAACCAUGUGUAGUUAACUAGUGAUUAGGAUUGAUUGUUUUUUAUAAGAUAAAUAUAAUGCUAGCUAGCAACUUACUGCAUUUGCUGUCCAAAAAGACCGAUUUCUGAUUGUUAUGAAAACUUUAAAUCGGCCAUUCCGAUUAAUCAGUUGACUUCUAAUCCGUUGGGCCCUCUUCCAUGCUGGCUUGUCCCCCUACUGUUGCAACUGUGGAGACACAAUCCUCCAAUCUGAUUUGUCCUUCUGUGGUCACAGUGCAGACCGAAUUGGCCAAUAUGCUAUCUCCCUACUGCAGUGACUGACGACAUCAUGGUUGCCUUCCUGUUGUGUCACUAGAGGAGACAAGCAUCCCCAGUGUGCAGCUCCAACCGCUCGCUACUGCCUUAACAGCGGAAACUCAGUCCCAGUCUGCUCCACCAUGCCAACCCACCUUCAUGCCCGCAGGAGACACCAGAACCUCCUUCCUAGUCUACCUUUCACUGCCUGCUCCAGAGCUGGCCAACACCCCCAGUCUGGUGUGCCAACUGUGCCUGGGACCAGAUGGAAAGAGCCUCCCUUUCCUGUCUGUCCUUAUGACCUCAGCCAAUAUUCCCAGGGCCCCAAGUCUUGUAGCUGCCAGCCCGGCUCCAGCUCAGACUGCGGCUUCUGCUGCUGUUUCAGAGAUACCAAGGACCCCAUGUUUUGUGACCAACCUCCCUGGAGUGACAUAUCUCCAGAUCAACGAGUUAUGUAGCAGCUAGAGCUCAGGUGCUAGCCCAAGAGCCACUGAUGGCCCCCAGCUAUGUUGCUAAUACCGCUGGAGUCCAGGAGUCACCGAGCAGGAGCCUUAUUAAGGGCCCCUGUUUGGUGUGCCGUCCCUUCUCUCUGUAUCCCCAGGGAACGCCUGGGAUUGGCCACAGUACCCACUCCCCAGGGUAAUGGCAACCUGCUGCUGCAGAGACACAGGACAUGGCUCUGCCCAACCAUGGACUGCAGACUAACUUCAUGCCCCAGUGUUUUCACAGGCCCAGUGAGACAUUUCAGUGCGUUCAUUUAAUGUUCUAAUCAUUGCACUGUCAGUAGAUUUGAGUUGUAAAGUAUAUUGUAAAAAAAAAUCUGAGCUAUACAUUUUUUGGUUCGUAGCUGUAAACGUGAUUCAUCUAUAGGUUUUACCUUAAUAUUUCAGACAUGAUAUACUGGGGGAUAUUUGUGAGACUUCCAUCAUGUCUUAUGGUUUCUCUCUUUCCCUGUCUAUCUCCUCAGGCAUGUGUAGCAGCCUCAGUGGGACCAGAAGCCACUGGCACCUCUUCCACCUGACUGGGUCCGAGGCCCAGGGCAGGAUGGGUGGCAUGAUCUGCCCCUACCAGAGCUCCCUGACCAUGAUGCACUAUGACUCCCUGGAGCAGAACAUCCCCAUGUACUAGGACUGUGGCCAGUACUCUAGCAUCUGAUGCCACCCCACUCCUUGUCGUCCCACGGCAGCCUGCAAACCGACCACAUGGCUUAGCCCCAUUGCCCCGCUCACAAACUGGGAACCUCAUCCCCAAUCAUGCUAUUCUGACCCAGUCUUCCACUUCCCCCAGCAGUACCGCCAGGUGAGGCAGCAGACUCAGGGGCUGCAGCAGGGCCACAGCUCACUGCUCUCAUGUGGGCACCAGGAGGAACUCAAAGGGUGGGCUCCUCACGCUGGGUCCCUGUCACCAACGUGGGACAGAACCAGGGAGGGUUACAGCAGAAGGACAGCAUCCACAGAUGUGAAUCGCUUCACAACAAAGGAUCAGACACACACUCCAACAACAAUCAAGAUAGAUAAAUGUGUUGCCGCUAUGAGAUGUAUGGUUAUUUUUUGUUUAUGUAUUGAUGAAUUUCAUCCAUGACUACCAUGUAUGUAGGAACAUAAACUUAUGGUAUUAGAAGUGGUUGAAGAAGCUGUGUUAUGAUGCUGUUAUAUAUGGACUCUCUUUUUUUCUUGCCACAGGCUGUUAGGAACUACAAUCCCCAGAGCAACCAAUCCUGUCUUUACAUGAGAAGGACCUACUUUUUGUAGUUGCCAUUUUCUCCUUUGCAUUAUUUUAAGAUGGUAAUACUCAAUAAAGAUGUUUAAUUCCUGCAUUGCAUGAAUUAUCUGUAUAUCUGU